AUCUGGAGAACUUCGAGAUGAGGCCGAGGAGCCCGGUGUCAGUGCGAGAGGGACAAGGAGUGGUGCUGCUCUGUGGGACGCCACCCCACCACGGAGGCUUGUCCUAUACGUGGAUCUUCAACAAUAAUCCCUUGUAUCUUCAGGAAGAUAGCCGGCGCUUCGUCUCGCAGGCCACGGGGAGCCUGUACCUGGCCAAGGUGGAGCGCUGGGAUGUUGGGAAUUACUCGUGUGCUGUCAGCAGCGUUGGGGCGCAGCGCCGGGUGCGGGGGCCGCCCACCGCGCUCACCCUCCGCGGGGACGGUGUGAUGGGUGAGUACGAGCCAAAGAUCGAGGUGCGCUUUCCAGAAAUCACCCACGCAGCCAAGGGCUCCUCUGUCAGGCUGGAGUGCUUUGCCCUCGGAAAUCCUGUCCCAAGUAUCAGCUGGAAGAGGUCUGAUGGAAACCCCUUUUCAAAGAAAAUCCAACCCAACAGAACCAGAGGAGUUCUUGAAAUCCCCGACGUUCAGCAGGAGGAUGAGGGCUCCUACGAGUGUACCGCAGGAAACACUCGGGGAACCAACGUUGCCAGAGGUCAAUUAUUUGUCUAUGCACCCCCUGAAUGGGAAAAAAAAAUCCAAAAUGCCUUUCUGUCUCUCUAUGACAGUUUAUUUUGGGAAUGUAAGGCAAGAGGAAAACCCAGCCCUUCCUACAGCUGGUUAAAAAAUGGCCAGCCCCUCAUGUCAGAGGAAAGAAUUCAAAUAGAAAAUGGGACUCUSCUCAUCCCCAUGCUGAAUGUGUCAGACUCAGGCCUCUAUCAGUGCGUGGCAGAAAACAAAUAUGAUACAAUUUAUGCCAAUGCUGAGCUGAGGGUGAUUGCUGCAGCCCCUGAUUUUUCCAGGAAUCCUGUGAAGAAGCUGUCAGUUGUUCAGGUUGGAGGGGAGGUCACCAUUGCCUGCAAACCCAGUGCUUCCCCCAGGGCUGCUGUUUCCUGGAGAAAGGGCUCGGAGCUUCUGCGUCCCAACCAAAGGGUGGCAUUCCUGGAGAAUGGCAGCCUCAGGAUCUUCAAUAUCACCAAGGCAGACGCUGGGGUUUACACCUGUGUGGCCACAAACCAGUUUGGAUCUGCCAGAAACUCGGGGACCCUGAUUGUGAAAGAAAGGACUUUCAUCACUAUUCCACCUUCUGACACGGAUGCAACCGUUGGGGAGAGCAUUGUCCUGCCAUGCCAGGUGUCCCAUGACCCCUCCCUGGACGUGGCAUUCUCGUGGGMAUUCAAUGGCCAGAGGAUCGAUUUGAGCAGAGGAAUCCAUCACUUUGAAAGGAUUGGAAGGGAAUCUGCUGGGGAUUUGAUGAUAAGGAAUAUUCAGCUCCAUCAUUCUGGGAAAUAUGUGUGCACGGUGCAAACUUCUUUAGACAGCCAAUCUGCAGCAGCAGAUAUAAUUGUCAGAGGCCCCCCAGGUCCACCAGAAGAUGUUAAAGUUGAACAUGUUUCUAGCACGACUGCUGGCUUGUCCUGGAAGCCUGGAGUAGAUAACAACAGCCCAGUGCAGAUCUACAGCGUGCAGACCAGGACUCCCUUCUCGGUGGGAUGGCAGGCAGUGGCCACAGCUCCUGAGGUCAUUAAUGGCAGGACUCACAAGGCCACGGUGGUGGAUUUAAGCCCCUGGGUUGAAUAUGAAUUCCGAGUUGUUGCCAGCAACAGCGUUGGGAUCGGGGAGCCGAGCAGACCAUCAGCUCUGCUGAGGACCAAAGCAGCAGUUCCUGUGGUGCCACCGACAAACAUCGGAGGAGGAGGAGGGAGCCGCUCUGAGCUCGUCAUCACAUGGGAGCCAGUGUCAGAAGAGCUCCAGAAYGGGGAAGGUUUUGGCUACAUCAUCAUGUUCCGGCCCCUGGGCUCGACCAGCUGGACCAAAGCAGUGGUGGCCUUGGUGGAAUCUAGCAAAUACGUUUAUAGGAACGAGAGCAUCACACCUCUGUCUCCUUUUGAGGUCAAAGUCGGUGUCUACAACAACGAGGGAGAAGGGACCCUGAGCUCCAUUUCCAUCGUCUACUCUGGAGAGGAUGAACCCCAGAUGGCCCCGGCGGGAGCCUCAGCACUGAGCGUGUCGGCCACGGCGGUGGAGGUGUCCUGGCAGCCCAUCCCCUGGAACCGACACACGGGCAGGGUGCUGGGCUACGAGGUUUUAUAUUGGACAGAUGAUCCCAAGGAAAGCACAGCUGGGAAGGUCAGGGUCAGCGGGAACGUCACGGCCAAGAACAUCACCGGUCUGAGAGCCAACACCGUGUACUUCGCAACGGUYCGGGCGUWCAACACCGCGGGGACAGGGCCCUCSAGCACCCCUGUCAAUGUCACCACCAAAAAAUCCCCCCCAAGUCAACCCCCRGCCAACAUCGCCUGGAAGCUGACAAAUUCCAAAAUCUGCCUGAACUGGGAGCAUGUGAAAACAAUGGAGAAUGAAUCAGAGGUGCUGGGCUACAAAAUUCUGUACAGGCAGAACAGGCAYGGCCAAGCACACAUCCUGGAGACAAACAACACUUCAGCUGAACUCCUGGUCCCGUUUGAAGAAGAUUAUCUCAUCGAGAUAAGAACCGUCAGCGACGGCGGCGAUGGCAGCAGCAGUGAGGAAAUUAGGAUUCCAAAAAUAUCAAGUUUAAGCUCUGGAGAAAUAAAAUUAUCCCAAAGGAUAAACCACACAUUGACAUCUGGGAUGCUGUUGUUGAGUUCUGUUCUCCUGAAUCCUUUUCUUUGAUGGGUCAAGCAACACUCAGCCAUGGACUUCUAAAAUUAAAAAAAUGUAGAUUUUAUCUUAAUUCUUCACCAUAACAACAUCCCUGCCAAAGAGCAGCACUGGGGAGGGGAGAGGGAAGGAGAAAUGGUCUAUCAUUAUGAAAACAUUUGGUAUCAAUAUUCCAUGAAUUUUUAAAAAUAGGUUUGGAAAUGAGUGGAUGAAYCUACCUGCAUUCAUUAAAUGGAGUGGCUCCAAAAGUAAUUUGGGAUUGUAAAGUGGGAGGUCUCAGAUUUUUUUCCAAGUGGUUGUUACUGUAAUACCAAUUUCAUGGAAUGUCAACUGAGCUGAUGCCACAGAGGGAAGAAGAGRUUGCAAACUGUUGUGAC